AUAUUGCAAAUUGAUACGAUUGAUAUCAACACUAUGGUACUAAUUAGUUUCGCUCUGUCAUAAAGUCAUAAAAAUGUUACUUCACAAGAUACCUUGUGAUCUUUGAAAAUUCUGGUGAUAUUGUAAAUUUUGAAGAAAUUUAAAUGAAGGCAUGACUGAGUGAAUACAAGGAAAUGGAUUCAGGUGGAAAAGAGGGCGCUAGUUAUCUAGAUGGAGUUCCUGUAAAAAUAUCUUCAAAAUUCAUACCUCCUAGACCAGUUCCUCUUCCCUAUGCGUAUGAUGAAAAGCUUAAUUAUAAUAUACUAGAUGAAGUGUAUGACUUCACAUUAGAGAAGAGUGUCAUUGAACAUCAUUCAAACUGCCUUUUUCAGUUGGAAAAAGCCAAGUUUAAACGAUCUCCUCAGAAUAAGUCAUCCGAUUCAGGAGAAGAUCAACCUUCGUGCAGUAGUUCGAACCUGGAAGAAUCGCGGCAUUCUUCGUAUUCUAAUGCUCAAAAUGUGGUCUCUUGGUCAACCAAUUCCAUUCUUCAGCCUAAACCUCAACAGCCUCUGGAUCAGGUGUCCUCGGAAAACAUUCCUGAAGACAAGGUCAUGAAAAUUAACUUGUCCGACUUCGAGAAUGAUACUUCUAGUCCAUUUGAUUAUAUGGAACUUCAAACUAUAAAUGACCUAGAGGAACUCAGUAGUGUAUUUCAGGGUAUCAAUAGCACCAAUCUUCAGGAGGAAUCCGCUCCUGCUAGACAAAGCGGGGAGAUUCCGAGCAACGUGUCUAAAUCAAAAAGUUUUCCCUUUCCCUCAAGCUCUAAAGAUGUAGAAACGGGAACGGAAUUGGGUCGGACAUCACUCCCUUCGUCUUCGUAUGAAAUUCCUCGCAUGAUAUCCAAUUUAAAUCAGAUAGAAGAUUUCCCAAAUGAUUCAUAUUUGAAGCUCUCCCAAGUGCCUUACAUCUCUUCAAAUGCUGGGGCACAAGCAAGGCCUUCGAUAGCAAGAGUGCCAUCCCUUUUGAGGGUCAGCAAAAGCUACUCAGAUAUUUCUAGUCUAGGUAAAACGGCGGAUGUCCACGACGAGAGAGAGCGGUCCCGUACUCCACCCUCCACAUUUUCAUAUUCUGUGAAUUCUGAAGAAACAAUGCCGUGUCAAGAUAUAUCCAGCAACGGUGACUGUUGUGAUAGUGAUUUGCCUGAUCCAUAUCAUGAAUUGGAUAACUCUGCGCAAGAAUUUGUUGAUUCUAUUACAGAAAUGGGUUUUGCUAGACCUCAAGUAUCUCGUGCUGUGAAACAUUUGGGAACUGAUGAGAAAAAGGUUGUGGAACAUUUAUGUCAAAUACAAGCUUUAGAAGAAUCUGGCUAUGAGGGAUUGGAAGCUGAAGCAGCUCUUCAUCUUCAUGAUUAUAACAGUGAUGAGGCAAAACAGUUUUUGGAUCUUGUCAGUCAGUUUCAAGACCUGGGGUUUGAAAAGAAAGCUGUGAAAAAAGCUUUGGUGCAAAAUAAAAAUGACUGGAACAAAACAAUUGAUGCUCUUUUAACAUGAUGUAUUAAUUUCCUGCAAUUCUGUGAUGAUUUUUUUCUCUGCUAAAGUGCAGCCUUUUUGUGGUGGUGAUCAAACUAUAAAGAACAGUAUUUUAUAAUUAUAUGCAUAGCUGCGUAAACCUUUUCAUAAAAAUAUUAUAUAUGAAUAAUGAUUAAUUUUAAUUUGUAUUGUGCUUAGGCCUUUGUACAUAGUAUAUAAAAUAAUCAUUAUUUUU